AUGGCAGAAGCAGCCGGACUUACACUUGGUGCUCUCGGCAUCGCUGCACUCUUCAAUAACGCCCUUGAAUGCUUUCAGUACGUUCGUGUAGCCAAAGAUUUUGGCCAGGAUUUCGAGACAUACCAAAUCAGGCUCCAUUUAUCCGAGAUUCGGCUCUCUCAUUGGGGAAGCGUUGUCGGUAUCACGGACAAGGACGCUGAAACCCCUCUCCAAUGCUCCCAAGGUGAGCAAGACGUCGCGCAACGGACGCUUGAGCAUAUCAUCAAGCUGUUUCAGGUAACGGAGGAGAAGGCCAAAAACUUAGAGAGAAGAUCAUCAGAGCCUGAACUCAGCGAUCGCAUGAGGAAGUUGUGUGAUAAGAUGAACAAGCUAGCUCUAGGCAGAACCAAUAAAGCAUCCAAGACGAAAGACGGUCUGUACGCGAAGACGAAAUGGGCGCUGUUCUCUCGGCAAGGUUUCAUCGACCUCGUUGGGUCGAUUUCCAGUCUAGUCAACGAUCUUAUAUCCGCUUUUCCAGAUGGUAUCAAGAAGAAUAGGGAGCGAUUGUGCAACGAAGACGUAGAGGAGCUUGUUGCGAAUGAACCGGAAGUCUCAACUCUGCUGAAGGACGCUUUGGGCGAGGAUGACGAACAGAUGCAAGGCGCAUUGCAAAAGGCUGUUGCUGCGACACAUCAAAAUACCACUACUUUCUCUGGUUCUGGUGAGAAUAAAGGGCUGCAACUAGUCGCUGCAUCAAAGCCCCGCCGCGUUCCGAUUUCCACGCUGAGAAGAUCGAUUAACUCCUUCACGCCCACCGCCAAACUCUACGAGCCGAUUACUGCGACCGCCCCAACUAAGGGCAAUAUCUUCAUCGUAACGAUGCCUGAAACUAGCGUUCGGCGCGUGGAUCCUCAGAAACUGGGGAAGAUCACGUUCAGGAAGUCAGAGGACUUAAUCGACGAAUGGGACAUAGAAUACGACGAUACAGAGGGCGAGGCUAAUGCCGGAACACUAAAGCAAGCAGCGGACGAGCUUGUGAAUACGAACAUCCCGGUCGCCUUUCCAACAGAGACCGUAUACGGACUUGGCGCGGAUGCGACAAGAAGCGCGGCGGUAAAGGAGAUCUUCGCGAGCAAAGGACGACCCGCCGACAACCCUUUGAUCGUCCAUAUACACUCUUUACCUCAGCUUCGAGCGCUGCUUUUGGGCAGACUAGACGUCGUAGGAGACGGGAAGGAUGCUGGGAAGGAUCCCAUACCGGAUAUCUACCGGCCGGUGAUUGAGCGCUUCUGGCCUGGACCGCUGACCAUUAUUCUACCGGCCCCUGAGAAUUCGAUACUCGCACCCGAAGUCACGGCAGGCCUUCCUACCUUUGGCGCACGAAUGCCACGUUCUAUAAUCGCCCUGUCCUUGUUGCGGCUAUGCGGCCGACCGCUCGCCGCACCAUCCGCGAACGCAUCCACACGACCUUCACCGACCGCUGCGGAACACGUUUACGAUGAUCUAAACGGCAAACUAAACCUCAUAAUCGAUGGUGGGCCAUGCGAAGUCGGCGUUGAAAGCACAGUCAUAGAUGGACUUUCAAGCCCACCUGCGAUACUGAGGCCGGGUGGCGUCACUGUGGAACAGUUACGGCAAUGCCCAGGAUGGGAGAACGUAGUGGUCGGAUACAAGGAUAAGCAAGCGGAAGACUCGAGUAAACCACGCGCGCCUGGGAUGAAGUACAGACACUAUAGUCCGAAGGCAUCGGUUCUUCUGUUCGAGACAGGCGCGAACCAACCUACAUCGGACGAGCUCAAGAGUAAGAGGCGCAUCGGUGUCAUUCGGACCAAGAGUUGGGAUAAAGUGUUGGGUUUGGGCGCUGAGAAGGUGAAGACAUCGGAUACGAAUGGACCAGGAAUUUGCGCUUCACCGGACACGGCCGCUUCUCUAGACGCCAACGACUCGCCGUCGCGCCUUUCAAACCUUGUGCGGUCUGUCAUCCAGCACGAAAUACCGCACGCCGACCACUACAUUGUGAAGCCUGAAGCAAUCCAGGUUUGGGAAAUCAAUCUUGGCGCAAAGACUGAGGAUGUUGCCAGAGGUCUAUUUUCAGCACUAAGAGAGCUCGACAAGAAAGGCGUCGAGGUCAUAUAUGUGGAGGGAAUCGACGAUAAAACAGGUGACGAUAUUGCCGCCGCGGUCAUGAACCGACUCAGAAAAGCAGCAGAGAUCAGGACAUGA